AAAGAAAAAUAAAUUCAACAUCAAAAAAACUUUUGUAGAGAGAAAACAGAAAUUGAACAUAACAGUAUUAAUAAUACUAAUCAUUAAUAAAUUAAUAUAAAAAAAUAAAAAAGGAAAUAAACGCCGCUGCUGUAUACACCGAAAACGAGAGAGAAGAAAGCUUUGCUAAAAUUGAUUCCAGCUAUUCACAAAAAAGGUUUCUGAGGAUAUAUUGAAGCUUUGAUUUCGUUCAAAGUUGUAGAUUUUUUUUGUUUCUAAUUUUUGAUUUGGAUUUAUAAUAAUUAUUAUUAUUGUUUUGGGGGUGGGGUUUUGUGUUACUUUAAGAAAGAAAAUAAAUGGUUCGUAAUUUAGGUUGUGUAUUGAUUCGGGGUUUGUGAUCGGCUGUCUUUUUGAUGAUUUUGGCUCAAUUUCUUUCUGGGUUUUACUCUGUUUGUGACUAUCCAAAAUGGGUCACAGGUAGAGUUUCGAGUUUGGAUUCGGAUUCUGGACGGAUUGGGGGCUUGACCGAGGGUUUCUUCGGAUGAUUUCGGUUGGAACCAGGGAUGCGACGAAGGGGCUAGGGUUAGGGUUUGGUGGUGGUAGUCUCCGGGAAGAUAUGGAGGACACUGAGCUGGAAGAAGGAGAGGCUUGCUCCUAUCAGAACAGCGACGAUGCGAACAUCGAUCCAGAUGUUGCUUAUUCUUAUUUGGAUGAAAAACUCCAAGAUGUCUUGGGACAUUUUAAAAAAGACUUUGAAGGUGGAGUAGUUUCUGCAGAAAAUCUGGGGGCAAAAUUUGGUGGGUACGGUUCUUUUUUACCAGCUCAUCAGCGAUCUCCUGCCUGGUCUCACAGAACUCCGCCAAAAGUCCAGAGCUAUAGCGCUUCAAGAUCUCCAAACAAUUUGCAUAUGGAGGGUGGGCAUUGCAACUCUGUAGUUUCUUCAACCGCGCCUCAGUCUGGUGGACUUGGGCCGACCUCUACCAGUUCCACUUCUUUCCAUGUGUUGAAGGCAUCAUCAGUAAAUGAGUCAGGAAAACAAGAAGUAAGCAUGCCAGCAACCCGUGCAGAAGAAAUAGCACCUAGACUAGAUUCUAAAAACAAGAAACCUACAAGUGCAUCUGACCAGAAAACUCUGAAGGUCAGAAUAAAAGUGGGUUCUGAUAAUUUGUCCACACGAAAAAAUGCAGCAAUCUAUAGUGGGCUUGGGCUUGAUGAUUCGCCAUCCUCCUCAUUGGAUGACAGCCCCUCUGAAAGUGAGGGAAUAUCUCAUGAGCGACCAGAUGCCUCCUUUGAUUCUCCAACUAGCAUAUUGCAGAUCAUGACAUCCUUUCCAGUUAACGGAGGUUUACUUUUGUCACCUCUUCGUGAUGAUCUCACUGGCUUGAUGGAAAAGGAAAAACUUUCAAAAGACAGUAGAUUUGUACCUCAUCCAAAGGGUGUUGUGGAAAGCUCUGGCUUAAUAAUUGGAUCGGACAACUACUUGAAGAGUGGUAGGAAAGUGUUAGGGGAAAAGAACGUAAAAUCAAUGGACAUGAAUGAUUAUUCAGCAGAAUCAAAAAGUGUAAAUGAUAAAGUUCCUCGAAUUCGAGAUAUGUCAAGGAAAGAACCAGAUCUUGAUGCAUUAGCUUGUGAGGAGCUAGUUUCUAAUACAUUAAAGCUUCCAAUUCUGUCGCAUUUAUAUUCUACUUCUGGUGACAUGAGAAGGUGUAAAGAAAUCAACAAGAGCAUUCCAAAGGAAAAAGUGUUAUCUGAUCGCAUAGAAGAACAAACUGAAUCAACGUUCACCCGAGGCGAUGGACAGGUUGAAAAGCAAAAGCCUAGUUCAGCUGGAAAGGGCUUGGUAGAUGGAAAAGAAAGUUCUAUUAAUGAAAUUUCAGCUCUUCUACAUAAAGGAGGACAAUUGAAAGAAGAUAAAGGUCUUGAUUUGAUUAAAGCUGAUUCAAAUGCCACCAAAGCCAGGAAAACGUCAAAUACAGAAGCUAUAGAUUCUUCCAAGCAGAAAUCUAAGAAGGCUCCUUCCAAAGAACAAGAUAAUACAAGAUUACUCCAUGGAAUGGAGAAUCCAGUUCCCGGGGAAAAAAAGAAAUUGAAGGGCAGUCAUGGCUCCUCAUCUGCACUGGUUCCAAAAGAAAGCUUGAAGGCUGGUUCUUUGAUGCCUAAAACCAAAAAAGGUACCAAUAUGGACACUUUUGUGUCUAAUAGUGAUGGGGAAAAUGUGAAAUCACGCAAAGAUAUUGGGAAAACCAUGGAUACAUACAAAGACUUCUUUGGAGAAUUGGAUGAGGAAGAUAACCCAAUGAAUUCAUUGGCGGAUCCUUAUGAAGACAAGCCGAGGGAAUCUGUUGGAUUUGCAAAGAGCACCCCUGCAAUCAAUGGAUUAACGAAGGAGAGAUUAAGUGGUAAGAAAAUUGAGAAGCCAUCAAUGUCGGAGGCAAAUCCUUUAACUGCUUCAAGUCCAAGAUCUGGGAAUGGAUUCUUUUCUGAUGCGGCCCCUCCCACAGGGCCUCCUGAGCUGAUACAAGAAAAUUGGGUUUGUUGUGACAAGUGUCAACAAUGGCGGCUUCUUCCUUUUGGUACAAAUCCUGAGGACCUACCGGAGAAGUGGGUGUGUAGCAUGCUUGACUGGCUGCCUGGAAUGAAUCAGUGUUGUUUUACCGAGGAGGAAACAACAAAAGCUCGUUUUGCACUGUACCCGCAUCCUGUUCCUCAUAGUCAAACCGAUCUUAACAGUAAUCCUGGUGGAUAUUUCACAGAAGCCACGCUGGCUAAUUUUAGGCACCCUGAUCAAAAUCCACGUGAUAGCAGUGGAAAGAAGAAACAAAGUUUAAAGUUAAUGUCCAACUCAGCUAAUAAAGAUAGCCCCACUCAGUUGCCAAACUCCACGAAGAAAAAUAUGCAGGUGUCCCUGAAAAGUAGAAGUUUAAAUGAUGUAAACAAUUCUCCUUUGGCCAGUGAUCCUGAUUUUCCACUGCUAAGCAAGGCUAAUGACUUGAUACCAGAUGAUAAAAAACGUAAGUACAAAGUAAAGAACAGAGUCUCCGAGCCCCAUGCUUUUGGAGGUGAUACAAAAAAUUUAAAGAUGAAAAGCAGAAGAGAUUCUGAUCGAGAUUCUUCUAGAGCUUCCAAGAAAAUCAAGACUCAGGCUAAGAAUGGUGUUGAUGAAGAUUGGGCAUCAGACCAUAGUGGGGCAAUUGGGAAGGUAGGUCCUAGCUCAGGUGGUGGUUUCCCAACAUCUUCAGCAGGGAAGGAUCGAAUGAAAUAUUCUGACCGCUCUUCCUCUAGAGACUCAAAAUUUGAUGUGAAAGACUGUCUACAAGUUCCCAUUAUGAAAGCAAAUGGCAAAGUUGAGGUUGUCCCAGAGAAUGGCUCUCUAGAAAGAGGGAGGACGGAAAGUAGAGAGAAUAUGAAGAAAAGGAAGAGUAAGGAAUUUCCAAAUGGAUCCUGCCCAAGUACAGGACGUCUUCCUGAUAGCACGCCUUUUGUGAAGGAGUUUAGUGAUAAUGACCAUAGGAAGGAAAAGAAGCCAAGAAUAUCUAUAUCUGAUGGAAAAGAGUCCAGUGCAAGCAAAUGCAAGGAUAGAACAGACAAAAAACGUAGCCAUUCGAAGAGUCAGCUGCAUACACGGGAUCUUGGCAUCACUCAGCCAAAUUUGGAUGCUAUGGAUUUAUCAAAAAGGGGUUUAGGACCUAUACAGCCUUCUUUAGCUGCCACUUCUAGUUCUUCCAAGGUUUCUGGUUCGCAUAAAACAAAAUCCAGUUUUCAGGAAGUGAAAGGCUCACCGGUAGAAUCAGUAUCGUCAUCACCUAUGAGAAUUUCAAAUCCAGAUAAGAUUUCAACAAUCAGUAAAGAUGUUUUUGUGAAAGAAGAGUUUCCACAUGCUGGGAAUUAUGCCAUACGUAGUCCAAAAAGAAGCUCUGAUGGUGAAGAUUAUGGUGGGCGUGAUCAUACUCGUGUAGGAAGAAAGAACAAUGCAUCCAAUGGGGCCAAUCACAGGUCUCAAGAGUCCUCUUUGCAUGAUUCCCAGGAAAGGGAUUUUAAUCAUAUGUCAAUUACAAAACAUAAAAUACAGGUUGUGUCCGGUGUUACAAACCUCAUGUCUGUAAAUGGUCCUUUGGAUAAUUUAGGCCCAGAUGCUGAAUAUCCUAGUAAACCACUGGCUUCGGGUAACUUUGGUGAUGAAGAGAAACAGAAUGAAAGCCAUUAUCAUGCGAAUGGGUCCCGCCCAAGGAAGUCUGCCAAGGGGUCCUCUUCUAGGUUGGAGAAGAAUCGGAGUUUCAAAUCUGAGUUUGAUACGGUCAAGGUAAAAAGUUCUGAUGCUGUCGGUGAACUGCAUGGUUGCUCGCCAAUUGGGGACAUAAAAUCUAGAGAUGGUAAGAACAAGUUGCAGGAGAAAUAUGGGGUCAAGUCUGAUAAAGUUGAUGAGAAGAUUUUGAACAAUAAAAGAUAUGCAACAGGAAAACCAUCAACUGAGAGCUGUAAGAGAGAGAAUGAGCUAAAUGUUGGAGGGUGUGACGAUGUAGAUUUAAAAGUAGAUGCAAUUUGUCGAAAAGAUGUUGUGUCAACCCCGCAGCAGAAUGUGUUGAUAGACAGCAACGAUGAUAGAUCUUCAAAGAGGUUGGUUUCUGAUAAAGCUGAUAAAGUGGAAACAGUUUCCAGUGGAGAGAGGUCAGUAAUCCUACCACCCUCUGGAGGACCUCAGGGUGAUAUACUGAAUCCUUUCCCCCAGCCAGGUACUGGGUCCCACAAAGGAAAUGGAGUGGACACUUCACAUGCUGACACCUCAGAAGGUAACAAUGUACUGAAAGUGCAAAAACAGAUCAGAAAGGCAGAUAAUCAGAAUAGAUCCCAGCAGACUGGUUCAAGAAAUCCUUCAAAGAAUGGACACAGGGUCAGAGAUCUUGAUGUCCCACCCAAUGCUGCUACCAAUGCUUUGAAAGAAGCGACAAAUCUAAAACACAUGGCUGAUCGUCUCAAGAGUGCUGGCUCUACCCAUGAGAGGACAGGGCUUUACUUUGAAGCAGCCCUCAAGUUUCUUUAUGGGGCAUCUCUGUUGGAGUCUGGCUGCAGCGAGAGUACAAGCCACAGUGAGAUGGUUCGGUCACGGCAAACUUAUAGUGAUACUGCUAAGUUGUGCGAGUUUUGUGCUUGUGAAUACGAGAAAUCAAAAGACAUGGCUUCUGCUGCUCUAGCCUACAAAUGCACAGAGGUGGCAUACAUGAGGGUAGUUUAUUCUUUGCAUCUCAGUGCAAGUAGAGAUCGACACGAGUUGCAGACAGCUCUCCAAGUGGCUCCUAUUGGUGAAUCGCCAUCUUCUUCUGCCUCUGAUGUUGAUAACUUAAACAACCACACAAUAGCUGACAAGGCUUCCUUGGCAAAGGGUGCUAGCUCCCCCCAGGUCGCUGCUAACCAUGUUGUUAUUGCUGCCCGAAAUCGUUCCAGUUUUGAUAAAGUCCUUACUUUUGCACAGGAUACAAUUUUUGCUAUGGAAGCCUCAAAAAAGUCACAGGUAGCUUUUGCAGCUGCUAGCACUGCAAGCUUGGCAGAGGCUAAAUCUGGGGAGGCUAUCUCUUCCAUUAAGAGGGCUCUUGAUUUUAAUUUCCAAGACGUGGAUGGAUUACUACGGUUGGUACGGCUUGCAAUGGAGGCCAUUAGCCGUUAAAGACUUAAAAGUGGUUGUGGACUUCUUAACUCCGGGAUUUAAGAUAAACUGGUGAAAGCAAGUAAUAAGAGGCUGACCUGAUCUCUGUGAUGAAGGCUCUCUCUUUGUCCAUGUUUAUAAUUUUUUUAUUUGCUGAAGAUCAGCUUAUUGGCAUGCACUGCAGUGCCCCAAGGUUGUUCAAAGUUUACCAUGGCUGGUUUGUGCUAUUACUGAUUCAAGGCUUCUGCAUAAAAGAUUCUGAGCUCAUCCCAAUUGGCUGAUCUGCUUUUUCCAGAAGGAGCUAAAGAUUUUCAAGAAAAUAAAUAAAAAAAAGUGGACAAUUUUAUUAUAGGUGUUUGUUUUUUUUAAUCCAUACUGGUGGCGACAACCCAAGGAUUGGGAGCUGCCUGAUGCAUAAACCAUCUAGCUUUACUUAUACGAAGAGAAUUCAGAAACUGCCCUACUAACAUCACUUGAAGAAGGUUAUUGUUGAGUUUCUGUUAUUGCAGUUGGGAGAUUUGUUACUCUGAUGUUAUAGAUACAGUUAGUAAAUAAAUCAACAUGAUAUAGCUGGGAAAUAAUUUCAGAGUAUGUAGCUCCCAUCACAGGUGCCUGAGUUACAUAUUAAGAUAAAGUUGUAUCAUGUACAUACAGAAAAUAUUGAAUCAGAUUAGUCUAAGUUCAGCACAAGCUUCUCUUCAAGGGAACCAAGAGAACUUCACGAAUGUCUGUCUAUAAAAAUGUGGAAAACUGUUUCUGACCCCAUUCUUAUUAUUUAUUUUUUUAUCCCACUUUUGCCCACAAAAACGCCUUCCGUAUUUUCUGAACAGUCCCACUCUCUCUGCUAUCCCUAGCCUUGUUUCACCUUGAUCCACUCCUUAAAAGAGUUGGAAUGGCCAUUUAACAAUGGACUUUGGCAGAGUGCUGGCUCGUACAGAAACGAGAGUAGAGGGCACUGCAUGUUGAAAGAGCCUUGUCACUGGAAUUUUCUCCCUAGUUCUGGGUCUUUGAUCUCUCUUUUCACUUUUUUGAUGUCAAGAAAAGCUUGGGGAUAUGCCUAUUUGAUACAGAGGUAGACACUUCUGAGACAGGCUGAGAAUCAGUGUAGAGUUGUUUCAGAGGAUAAUGAAGAUGAAGUGCUCCAAUGGGAUGAGGAACGACAUGUAUCAAAUUAAUGCUUGAACUUGUUAAAAAAAAAAAUAUUAAAUGAAUAAACCAAUUAGAAAUGUUGCUAUACUCUUGUUUAGUUUGUUUUCAUUUCAUCAAUUUGAAAAUGACUAGUAGUCAUCUUUUAGUGACUUGCAGUCAAUUUUUUGUGUAAUGUGUCAAAUAUUUUCAUGCAAAAGUUAAUUGAAAAUAGUAAAGCGCAUGAGUUCAGUUUCUGUUUAAAA